AUGAGAUUUUCAAUUCUGUUUCCAACCAACAGUCAAGGAUACACGAUGUUAACGGUCAAAUUGGUGAUUCUUUUUUUUCUGUCGCUGAUUGCGGCAGCACCCAUCGACAAGGUGGAACCUCCAAUUACUCACGUAGUGACUUUCCAUGUCAACCAAGGUUCGGAACCCAUCGGAAAUAUGACCCUAGGCCUCUUUGGUUCCGUGGCACCAAAGACGGUUGAAAACUUCUUCCAGCUUGCCACCAUGCAAAACGGAUUUGGAUAUCACAAGAACAUUUUCCACAGAGUCAUUAAGGACUUCAUGAUUCAAGGUGGUGAUUUCGAGAACCACGACGGAACUGGCGGUCACUCCAUUUACGGCACUCACAAAGGUGCUCUUCCAGACGAAAACUUUCAUCUCAAGCAUGACAGACCUGGCCGUCUUGCCAUGGCCAAUUCCGGCAAGAACACGGGUGGGUCGCAAUUUUUCAUCACAUCCGGCGAAGCCUCUUGGUUGGAUGGUCACCAUGUUGUGUUCGGACAACUUAUAGAUGGAACUGAAACCUUCAAGCAAAUUGAAGAAGCGCCUACCACUCAAUUUGACAAGCCUAUGACAGAUAUUGUUAUUUCCACCGUUUCGUUCGAGAAGAGAUCUUUGAACGGGACUGCUCUCAAAGACAAUGAUGGUACGCCAGAUGCCAGUGAUAGUACUUCCGGUGAGGCAAGUGACCCUAAAGAUGAUGACACUACCGAGAAGUCUAGCCACCACGAUUAUGGACUCAUUGCGCUUAUUGCUCUUGGAAUUGGAGCCCUCAUUGUCGGAAUCAAAUACAGGGCUGCGAUCAAGAACAAGAUCACCAGUCUUGGCUACAAGAGGUUGUUCUAA